AGGAGCCGUAGCUGUUAGGUAACAGUAUUGGAAUGGUCACAUGGCCGCAUGGCUCUUCUGUGAUGUCCACACUGCGGCUGUUACUCCUGUUAUAGAGGGUUUACCUGCUAAUAAUUGAAGUAAAUUAUGCGUCAAAGUAAGAGGAAGCGUGUGACGUCUUCGGCUGGAGAUAAAAAGGAUCAAGAGGGUGAUCCAGGGGCAGGACAAGGGGCAAAGAAAGAUGUGAGGACUCGGAAGAAAGUUACUGCACCAUCCAGCUCUACGGACAAUCAGAAGGAAGAAUAUCCCUGCUGGCUGAUGAAGUCCGAGCCUGAGAGCAGGAUGGAGAAGGGCAUGGACAUGAAGUUUGGGAUAGAAGAUCUGAAAGUGCAACCCGACCAGACGGCAUGCUGGGACGGAGUCCGGAAUUACCAGGCGAGGAACUUCAUGAGAGCAAUGAAGAACGGGCAGCAGGCUUUCUUCUACCACAGCAACUGUAAGGAGCCUGGGAUCGCUGGGAUUGUCAAGAUUGUGAAGGAAGCCUACCCAGACCAUACACAGUUUGACCAGAAUGCACAUUAUGACGCCUCCAGUCAGAAGGACAACCCUAAAUGGUCCAUGGUGGAUGUGCAGUUUGUCCGCAUGCUGAAUCGUUACAUUUCUCUGGCGGAACUCAAGGAACUGUACCAGAAGCACAAGAUCAAAAACGGACCCCUUCGAAACAUGGCGCUUUUCCACACGAGCAAGGCUGUCGUGCAGCCCCUCACACAAGAGGAAUUUGACUUUAUCCUGAGUCUGGAAGAGGAGAAGAUCACAGAGCAAGGGAGUGAGAGCUACAACUAAAUUACAGAUGUUGGGGGGGGGGGGGUUUUUGACCCUCUUGUUAGCUUUUAUAUUCCUGUUCUAGUUAAUUUGUUCUAUUCUUGUAUUAUUUCUUGUAUUAUUAUUUUUUUUACUUAGGACAUUUCAAAAGGAAUUAAUCACCAGGAAAUACUUCAUU